GUGCCGAGAAUGGUUCAAUUGGUGCAGGGGGUAUUUCGGAGGAACAGCAACAAAAGAUCGCUGCGUUUGAAGAUUCUUUCAGACAGAUUAAAGAAGCGACUGGACUAUCAGACUUGAAUCAGAUUGUGAGGCGGUUCGAAAGUCAGGGAGAAACAUUGAGACAUCUGAUUGAGUUGAAGGACAAGGCGGAGAGACAAUGUCAGGCGUUACGUGAGGAGCGCGAUCGGCUGCAAUCAAAGUUUGAAGAACUGAAAUAUUCGGGAGAAACGGAACUGACAA